UCCAUCUUCAUUCUAUUGCAUAACUUUUAUAUCUAGUUGUCCACUAAUUCUCUUCCACUUCACAAAACUUCACUAAUUCAUUUUAAGUCUUGUUUAAGCUCCAAUUUGGCUUAAUUUGACAGCCAUAUGGCAGACAAAGGAGCCCAUUUGAAUGGAGCCUACUACGGCCCAUCAAUCCCACCACCAGUCCAAUCCAGCCACCGCCACGGCCGAGGCCGAGGCAGAGGUUGCGGCUGCGGCUGCUGCCUCUUCCGCCUGCUUUGUAAGAUCUUGAUCGCCAUUGUGGUCCUCCUGGCCCUCGCAUUCUUCAUCUUCUGGCUCGUCGUCCGCCCUCAAAAGAUGAAGCUUCAUGUCACCGAGGCUUCGCUGACCAAUUUCAACUUAACCGCCGAUAACACCCUCCAUUACGACCUUGCUCUAAACGUCUCCAUUCGCAACCCCAACAAGAAGCUCGGCAUUUACAACGAUAACAUCGAGGCCAGGGCUAUUUACGAAGGUGCCAGGUUCGAUACCGAGGUUUUCAGGAAUCUUGGCCUUCAGAAGAAGAAGACGACCAAGGAUUUGAGCGUGGUGUUUCGAGGGCAGCAAUUGGUGAAUCUUAAUUCGAAGAAGAUUGCCAAGUUUAACGAGCAGAAAGCUACUGGGGUUUUCGAUAUUGAUGUGAAGUCGUACCUCCGAAUCAGGUUGAGACUCGGUGAUUUUAUUACUGGUGAUUUUAAGCCCAAGAUUAAGUGUGAUUUGAAGGUUCCUCUAACUACUAAUGGAGUAUCUGCCGGUACUUUCAAGAAGACCAAAUGCGACGUUGAUUUUUUCUGAUCAUCUGUACAGCCAAGCCAUGCCAACCACCCCUUUCCAAUUUGACUGAGUCUUUCAUUUAUCAUUCUUGAUAUUAUUCAUUCUUUUGUGUAUUUAUUUUUCCUUUUUUAUUAUUAUUAUAUAUUAACAGUGUCUAAUACAUUUAUACUUUCA